GUUUGUAAGCAAAAUACUGGUCAUACCCAACUAUCCUGAUCUGCUGUUGUCAGCUUCUGGGGACUCGACUCUGAGACUUUGGCAGUAUAAAAGUGGAGAAGAAGUGUACUGCUGUCAGCUAAGUAGCAUCUGUGGGCCUGAGGCCACCAAAACUGACCAGAAAUACACCGUGUCAAGUAUAACCUACUCCUGUCAAGGUGGUUAUGUUGCUAUCCUGUGUGACUGUAUUCCCACAGUCUACAUCUUUCAGCUUGAUGCCACUGCCCAGCAGCUCAUUUACAAACAGCAGAUCUCUUUGAAACAUAAAGGUUGGGACAUUGCAUUUGAGGAAACAGGAGAUCUAUGGGUUUUGGAGGAAGACAAGGAAGCUCCUCUUCAAUUGUACAGAGCAUGUGAUGGACAGUGGAAGGCUGUAACUGAUGACAAAGGAUUACAGAAGAUGUCAAAAUACAUUCAGGACAAUUGGACAGUGUUUGAAGGUUUUGUUGGUGCAGAGAGUUACUACAACAAUCUCUACAAGGCCUCGUUUGAUAACAUGGAUGACUACCUUCAGAAGAAGGAGGAAAGGUUACAGCAGCAGAAGAAGAAAAGGCAAAAUCUACAAUGUGGUUCCAAUGGGCAGACAAAAAAAAAGAUGAAGACUGAAGAGUCAUAGCUAUGACUGUAUUUAGCCUGUAACUUUUGCCUUCAUGAAAGGAGGUGACCCAACUGCAGACUGUUUUCAAAUGUGAAAUGAAUUAUGCAAGAAGACUAGUUUACAUGCAGCUUUUCAGGUGGGCAGAUAGGACAGUAUCC